AUGGAUCAUAUACCGUCGUUGCCCAAGUCCAUCAAGGGGAACACCGAACUGCUCAUUUGGGUCGACCUUUUCUCGGGAUAUGUGAUUGCAAAGGCUAGCUCCUCUCGGACGGCACAAACAAUAGCGGAGAAUUACGAAGAAUGUGUGUUUCGACGCUUCGGAGCUAGCGAGGCUAUCAGGCACGAUCGAGAACCGGGAUUUAUGUCCGACUUCUUUCGAGCCUUCAGUCGGAUCGUAGGACAAAAACAGCGUGCUACUAUGGCUUACAGGCCACAAGCAAAUGGAACAGCCGAACGAAUGGUGCAAACCCUGACACAUUCGCUCAAGAUGUACGUGGCUGAAGUUGACCAGCGAGACUGGGAUGAGUAUGCUGAGCGGCUCACAUUUGCCAUUAACACUGCACAAGAUCGGAUCCGGGGGGAUACUCCAUUUUAUCUGAUUCAUGGGUGGGACCCGCGAUCGACUUUGGAGGCUACGCUACCAGUGGGGAAUACGGGGACACGAGAUCGCGAUCCAAAGAGAUGGAGAUACAAAAUCCAAAGACAAUACCAGCGAGCCCGAUCUGCAGUGAACGAUCGUUUACAAGCCGCGAUCCAGGAGCGAGCAGAUCGACACAACGAAGAUCUGGAACCACACGAGAUCGAAGUAGGAGCGCAAGUUUGGCUAUACCUGGACCGAGUUAAAGAGGGAUAUGCGAAGAAGCUAGCGCACAUGUGGCAUGGGCCAUUCCGAGUUGCGGACGUAAAGACGUUCCCUGAACGCCCGAAGGAUCAGCUUACGAUAGAGGAAUCAGAUCGCUUGGAUUUCGAUGAAGCUCUGCUGCCAGAAGACAGUUGGGAUGGCGAUCUUGAAGAAGGGGAAUACGAAGUAGAGGCAAUAUUGGACGUGCGAUCUGGUAGAAAAACCCGUUAUGGGCGAGUACACCGGCAGUUUCUGGUGAAGUGGAAGGGAUAUCCCGAUCUAAGUUGGGUGGACGAGGCCGAUCUAAGUUGUGGGGCGAUCUUGCAAGAGUUUGAGCGGAACCGAGUGAGUCGAAACCGUUUCGACGUAAUGCAGUCUCAUGAAGGCAAGUCGGACGAACCUUAA